UCUUUCGUGUGUGUGUCUUGACACUGACCGUGUUGUGUAGUGAGUUGAAAUUUUGUAACAAUAUUGUUUUUCAUGUGAUAUUUUAAUAAGAAGAACGUGUUAUUUAGUUUUAUUUGGAUGUAUCAGUGUUAUAUUUACAAUCUUUGUUAACAAUUGCCCUGUGAUUACGGUUCUAUACAUGUGAGAAUCUGACCCAUGAAAACUGGCAGGCGUCUCACUACGGAGAGAGAAAUUGGCUCCUAAAUGAAACAAUAUCACAAUCUAAGGAGUCCUGUUCUGAGAUUCAUGUGUGUGUUAUCAAGAAUUUUUGGAUGACUACUAUUUGUGAUCUCACCUGACGUGGCUUUAUUGUUGAUUUCAUUUGGAAGUUUGUUUAGAAAUUCAUAACUGGGAUUUUCUGUUGUGGAAAGUGUUGAAAAUCUAGUGAAUUGGCCAUGUCCAACUGCAAUUUUCCAAUUUGUCUCUCACCCACAGAGGAAAACAGUGAAGAUGCUAAUAAAACUAAGCAGCUACCACGGGAAAAACCACUGAAGGUAUCGUACAAGAAUAAAAUGAAAGCUAAACGUGCCCUAAUUAAGCCGGGUGAAGUAGCAACCGUGAUUGAUUUACAGACUGAAAACAAAGAAAAUGUCAAUCCAUUUCAUGAAGCUGAAAAUCAAGGCGUUGGAAAACAACAGGAAGUCAUGAAGAAAAUUGAUUCUAAGAAAUCCGGAGAUGUAAGGGUUGAUAAAAAUAAAACUGUACUGAGUGAUUCAGAUGCUUCAACGAAGGAAGGGAAGAUCACUAGAAAAAAUGUGUUGAAGUCUAGGAAUGACAGUGAAACUCUGAAAAACAUACCUUCAAGAUCAGAUUUGGACGAUAUUAAAGUUUUGAAGGAUUUGGGGAGAAAUAAAAAUAAGAAAGAGACUGAUGGUGGGAAUGUUAAUGUUGAAAAGGACAAAAAUCAGAAAGUGGCGGAGAACAAAGUGAAUGAAUGUGAGAAGCAGAGAAAAGAGAACGUUAGAAAGAAAGUGAAAGGGAAAGUUGUUAAGAAUCGAAGAGAUAGCGAUGAUCUUUUCAAAAUUAAUAUCAGUACCAGCCGCAAAGAUCUGUCUUUCAUGAAUAAUGAGCCCCUGCACAGAAAUGAAACAAGUGUGAAGGAAAACUGCAGUAAAAUUGAGGUGAAGAAAGAAGAAAAAGAUGUAAUAACAGACGAAGAGAAAUGUGGUGAAAGUCAAGCUACUGAAAUAGAAGAGGAAGAUGCAAGCAAGGAAGAAUGUAGAGGACGGAGAAAAAAUGAUGCAGUGAUUAUCGAUGGUGUAGAAAUUCUUGAAGCUAGUGAUUCUGUGAACUUAGAGGAAAACCCAGAGCUACGAAAAGAUGAUAGUAAAAUUGAUGAACAACUAGGUAAAAAUGAAUUUGAGGAAGAUUGUCAAAGAAAGGAGAAAAGUAUGUCACUAGUUUCAAACGAUUGCACAGAGGAAUAUGUAGCAAAUGAAGAUGGUCAGCAAAGCGGGAAGGAAAAUAGAAUUAGUUAUGUGGAAAAGAAACAGUUUGGAAACACAGGGGAAGAUAAAAGGAACGCCGAUAAGUCUCCCAAAAAUGAACAACAAUCAAUGCUAGAAGAAACAAUAGAAGAAGUAGCUGCUUCUAAGGGUGGGGUAGGUGAUGGUCCAGAAUGUUUAAACAAAGAUAAGGAACAUGACAAUUUAGAGAAGGAGAAUGAAGGUGCCAAGGAAGACGAUAGCAAACCUCCGGAUUCACCUAUUCCUCAGGAGUCAAAUAGACGUAAAAAUAGAAACGAAGAUGGAGAGAGACCUAAUCUUGAAAAACAGGAGUGUGAGCGGAAAAAGCUAACCCGGAAAAAACCUUCUAGUUGUCAGAUUCUUCCAUAAUUGAUAACAAACUUUCCCCUAUUCAUAACAAAUGUCCAGCGGGCAAAGGAGAUAAGAAUAAGAGGAGAGUUAUUUUGGGCAUUUUGAAUGAGAAUAAAGGUGGAAACCGCUACAAAAACGAUUGUUUCUCGUGUGAAGUCGUAGCCAGGCAGGUGAUGAAUGAGGAGACAAAUUGGUUGGGGAAUAGUCCCUAUGUUUCCUUCCUAGAUCGAGAUGAUGACGAAAGCAGACGUAUCGAUGCUUUCAAUUUUGAAUUGGCCAAAAAAAGAAGCUUGGAAGACUACUUGAAUAAAGUGAAGAAGAAAAAAAUGUUGAAUGAGGAGGGAACAUUGUUGAAAGAUAAGACUACGACAAAAUCAAGUGAAAGAGAGUCUGACAACGUUGUGGAUUUGAUUUCUCCAGUAUCAAGUAAAGUACAGGAUGAAGUGAGGAAAAGAAAAAGAAAGAAACUUCCCUUUGUUAAGUAUAGCACUGAAAAACCGUCUCAGAAAAACGCUGAUGAUGAAAGAAACUCAAGCCUUUUGGAUACGUCGUUUUGUGUGACAGAUGACAGCUCGGUAUGUAGAACUGCUGAUGAAAUUGAUACAAUCACCACUGAAAAACAAGAUGAACUCUGUGAAAGUCUUGAUCAAGAUAUGAGCUUAUCUACAGAAAUUGAAAUUAGAAAAGAAAAACAACAAAGCGAUGAGAUUCAAACUACUGAAAAACAAGUUGAAAAUGUGGGGAACUUUGAUUCAUUUGUACCGUUUCCAACAGCAAUUGAGAAAAGAGUUGGUGUAGACGAGUGUGAAGAGCAAAAUGUGAGUGAAAAGUCUAAACAGCAGAGCUCUUCUGUUCUGUCUUUGUCUAGUGGAGAGAAUGUUGAAAUCCCCAAGAGAAACACCCUGCAUCUAUCACAUACAGGAACACUGAUUCAAAGCAAACCAGUUUGCAAACGGCUAUCCAAGAAUAAGAGAAUUUUAAUCAGGAAAAUUUAUGGCUAUCGAGUAAUAGGAAAAGGCAACCGAACUAUGAGACUUCAUGACGACAAGACGACCAGCAGCAUCAGUGCAGCUAUGAAUAUGAAGAUGGAUCACGAGCAAGCGAACUCGGCGGAGGUAUCCGCCAAACGGCCGCCACCCGUCAUCAAGAUCAAAACGGAGCCAGAGCUGGCGACCGCAGCCGCAGCCGCUAGCGGCAACAGUAGCAGCAGCAGCAGCAGCAGUAGUAGCAACGGCUCGGAGGAGAUCACAGCCAGUAUGGCGGCAAGUGCUAGCGACACGACGCCCGCCAACCCGUGGACGUCGACCAAGUGCAUAUUCUGCGGCCAAAUGUUGAGUGCCAACGAUGACCCCAAACUGUUGGAGUGUUUGCAUGCCGCCUGCAAACACUGUAUCACCAGUCGACUCAAGGAGAACCCCAUACUCGAGGCUGAUGGCAUAGCAACGGAUAACAUAGUGAGGUGUCCGCGAUGCCUGGUGAACUGUCGGCAAAGCAUGAUCAUCGACAACCUUUUUCUGUCGGAGUGUCUGGCGACGUCGGGGGUUGUGGGUGGCGGGGGGGCCGACGGGGGUGACGGCACCGAGUCCGGCGAGCAGAGAAUGGGCGACCUCAAGUGCGGCAGUUGUGCCGAGACUGGCGUCACCAGUUGGUGUGUCGAGUGUGCCGAAUUCAUCUGUGACAUCUGUGUACAGGCUCAUAUGAGGCUGAAAAUAACAAAAGAUCAUACAAUUAAACCAAAGGAAGAAGCAGAACCGGAGAGUAAUGCUGCUCAUCAAGGAGCUCUCCCUAAAAGCCAGCUCUGUUCGGUGCAUCGACAAGAAAGACUAACACUAUUCUGUGAAGCAUGCGACCGGCUGACGUGUCGCGACUGCCAGUUGACAACGCACCGCGACCACAAGUACAAGUUUAUCAACGAGAUUGCAGCAGAAACGCGCACCUUGAUAAGCGGUCUACUGUCGGAAGUUACGUACAAGAGAGUGCUGCUCAAGAGCGCCAUGAAGGUCAUCGACGACCGACAACGGUUGAUUCUCGAAAAACGCAAGGAGCUCGUCAACGACAUCACCGAGAUGGUUGUCAAGCUGACCAACACCAUCAACACGAGGGGGAAGCAGCUGGUUGUGAGGCUGAACGACGUGUGCGAUGCGAAGCAGCAGACGCUCAACGAGAAGAAGCAGGCACUCGACCAGCUGUCCAACCUCACCGAUGACUGCAUCGAAUUCGUCAACAACGCACUCGACCAGGGCAGCGACAUGGCCCUGCUAGCCAGCAAAACGAACUUGACCGCACACCUUCAGAGGAUAAAGAGUCGCCGUGCCGACAUUCCGAAUCCUGAAAUACCCGUGAGGAUAAGCUUGUGCUUGGAUAAGGUUCCUGAACUCAUAAAAGUUGCCUCAUCGAUAGGCUCGAUCAUGGUCGACGGCCGAACAUACCCGCCAUCAAGCAGCAGUGGGGGCAGCAGUACCCCUUCCCCAGCAGCUGCUGGGUCGGGGGCGGCGAGGCUAGCCACGCCCCCUGCGGCCGUUCCACCAAUCAACAUCAAGACGGAGGCUGGCCACAAGGGGCAUCCCCCUGCCUACGAGUCGGUGGCUCCGCCCCCACCCCUGCAACAGGCUCCGUCUCUUGCCGGGGGCGGGGCUCAGGCGGCCGCCAUAUUGGGACCACAGCACCAACAACAACAGCUCAUGUCGCGCCACUACACAAGUCCACCGCAGCAGCAGAUGUCUCCGGCGGCAGUCUACCAGCAGCAGCAGAGUCGCACCUCUCCACUGCAGAGCAUGGCCCAAAUGCCGCAGCAGAUUGCACGCAACCUACAGCAGCGAGUCCACCACAACCAAGGAGCAGUGAGCAUGACUCGAGUUGGAGGCGGUCCACAUCAACAACAGGUGACGUCAUCGACCGACGGUGGAGCGAGGGGUGUGGGAGGAGGAGAUGGUGGCCUGCGCUCCAUGUUGUCGCUGCACUACCACCAACAACAACAGCACCAACAACACCAACAACAACUGCAACAACAGCAGUUGCAUCAGCAGCAGCAGGCCGCUCAUCAGCAGUUCAUGGCAAACCACGCAAUGCGCACGACAUCACCUCAGAACCCGCAGAUAUACGUGCAACACAGGCUGGGUGGUGGAGCGCCCAACGUGAUUGUGACCGCCUCCUCGACACAGCCCGGGUAUCUGCCUCCUCCGCAGGGUCAUCCGCCCCAUAUGGUCGCAGCCCAGCCACGGUAUCCUUCACCCUAUCAAGCUCAGAAUUCUCCUGCAAAAGAAACCUCAAAACGUUUAAGUUCUCCUUCCAUCGUUCACCGAUUUUUUGAUCUGAGCCGUAAAUCAUCCAAAUUUAGGACGAUAGCACAACAGACCCACAGCCGUCCGCCUGCCGGUUCAUACAGCUCGACAGCCAGGCAACUAGUGCAGCGCGUCCAGUCGCCACACAGCUCCAACCAGCAGCAACAGUCGCGACAGUCGCAGUCGCCGGCCGCAGCGACCGCUGGCAUCCUGUGGCACAUUCCGCAGUCGCAGGCGGCUGCUGCUAAGCAACAGUCGCAGUCGUCAACGUCUGCAGUCGCGGCACCUCCGCCUCCGCCACUCAUACAGCUGCCUCUCGACCAGGACACCUCCUUCAAGAUCACGCUCAAACAGCAGAUUAACAGUCAAGCAGCACCUAGUUCAGGCAGCAAGACACCGGCUGCAGGGGGGACUUCGGGUACAGGGGGAGCUGGUGGGGGGGUGGCGGUGACGUCAUCAGUGCCCAAGACCCCCUCCCCUCGUCUCUCCACCAAGGCCAGCGAUGACGCCGAAAAGUGUCUCGACAAGUUCUGUCAGGACUCAGUGAACGACCUGAUGAUGACCAUAGCCAAGCUGGACAGUCAGGGCACAGAGAUGAUUCCGGAGGUGGUUGGGGGGGAGACGAACGGAACCCCCCAAGUGGACAGCUCCACUGACAGCUCGGCUGUUACCCCUUCCCCCCUCCCACGACCCGCCUCAACCUCCAACACUCAAGGCAAUUCCAAUGCUCACAGACAGGGUCAAUCACAGAGAGAAAGUCAAAAAGAUGACCCGAACGAAGACUGGUGUGCUGUGUGCCUGGACGGAGGGGAGCCAGUGUUGUGCUGUGACUACUGUCCCAAGGUGUUCCACAUCAAAUGUCACAUACCUCGCAUACCUGAUUUCCCCGAGAUUUGGAAACAUGAGAGCGACCCUUGGCAAUGCCUUCUGUGCACCGACAUGGUGCCCCUGUCUAACAAAGUGGCCGAGGCAGGUGUGAAGCGCAAGGCGUCGACCGCCCUCACCAGCGAGGAGCAGAAACUCGUCGAGAGGAUCCUGCUCGAGCUCUACUGCCAGUACGAUCCCAGUCUGCACUUCAGGGAGAUUGUCAGUCCUGAGAACACGGGCUAUUAUGAGGUGAUCAAGAAGCCAAUGUCGUUUGAGAAAGUGAGACAAAAGCUGGACCCGGCCGACACCACAGUCGAAAAGUACACCUGCGUCGAGGACGUCAUCAGUGAUAUUAGGCUCAUAUUCAAGAACGCUUACAUCUAUAAUAGUAUAAACAGCCAGGUAUAUACGGACGCAAAAACUCUGGAAGAGUUACUGGACCAAAUGCUGGAGAAGUGGAUCCCGGCACUGGCUGCCGAACCUGGCAGUACACCCUCUGCCAACAACCAACCCGCUGAGGAGGAGGAGGCCGUGGCUGAGGAGGAAGCAGCAGCGGAGGAGGAGGCCGAGGAUGAUGAGGAGGAAGACGAGGAGGAUGAGGAGAAUGAAGAUGGACAUCCACCGGCCGCCAAACGCGUCCGCAGAGCUGUCUCCGACUGACCAGAGGCACUGACUCCCCUUAAUUCGACGGGAGUCUCUCCGCAGUUUCCUCCUCCCGAGAAUCCGGAUCUACUUCAACUGUAGUGUUUCCUCCUCCCGGAAAUCCGGAUCUACUUCAACUGUAAAGUGUUACCUUCUCCCGGAAAUCCGGAUCAAAUUCAACUGUAAAGUUCUUCGCACCUACUUCAACUGUAAAGCGGUCCUCCUCCCGAAAAUCUGGACUUACUUCAACUUCAAAAUCUACUUCAAAUGUAACUUCAACUUGUACUUCAAGUUUCGCACCUACUUUAACUUCAAAGUGUGAUAAUGUGUUUCAAGUUGUAAUUUUUGUUCUGAUUUCACCGUUAUUUGUAUCGUCAAUGAGUUUGAUUUCACCGUUAUUCAGUGAUUUCACUGUUAUCGUCCACAAAUUUGUUUUCAUUUUAAUGAAUCUCUGUGAAACUUACUAGAAUAAAAUGUAAAGUGUUGACUAUGUUUAUGUGAAAUCCGAUAGGAAAAUUUCAUGUUUUUCAAUUUAUUAUGCACGCUGAACACAGGGACAUUAGUAGUUUCUACUAGCUGCUCCGGGAUCGCGGAAUUGGAGAUGUUAUUUACAUGUAUUUUCUGAACAUUUCCAAUUCCGCAUUCCCUUGCAGCUAGUGGAAGCUACUAUUGUCCCUGUGUGCAGGAGAUUCAUUUUCUCAUUCAUUACUGAGGCAGCUUACCUACAGAUAGCAAGCUAUUGUUAGCAACGUAACGAAAAUUGCACAACCCACAAUGUUGAAUGAGUUAUUGUUCAUAGUAAGGUUGAUAGAAAACUUGACUAGCAAUUAACUAAGCAACCACAUUUGUGACUAGAAUUUUAUCAAGGAAAUAAAGUUUGGACUAGGAAUUAACUAAUCAACUAUAGUUGUGACUAGCAAUUUACUUAGGAACUACAGUUGCUCCUAGCAAUUUACUUAGCAACUACUGUUUCUCCAGCAUCUUUUGCGUCAAUAUGAACAACAUAAUCAACUUUGUGUUAAGCUGUGUAUUUGGCUAUCAACUUAGAAAUUAGAGUUGCUGUAAUUUCCGUUACGUUACUAUCACCAGUUGCUUUCUGUAUGAUUGUGAGCAGCCUACGACGUGGGUGUUACUGGUCUAAAUUGUUCGAACUGAAUAUUAUUUUAUUUAUUUGUUAAAAUUCAAUGCAAUUGAUAAUUUUCCAAUAGAAAUAAUCGAUUUACGAGGAUAAAUCGAAAACUGAACAACUGAAUAAAGAAAAGUAUAUAGGUGAAAAGAGGAAAUAGAAAAUAUUGUUCAUUUUUACAAAUACUUGAUUGAAUUAUCUAAAUGUUUUGUGGAAUUAACACUUUUGGCCACUCAUCAAGUUUUGUGGAGACUAAAGUACAUUAAAAUCAUCCAUCAUCUCUCAUGAUAUUUUAAUUACCAACCCUACUUCUGAAUUAGAUGGUGAAGUGUCCUUUGAAUUGAAAGACAUGCUAUUUGGAUUCGUCCAAUGUUAUUUUAUCUUUCAAUUAUUGAAAUUGCAUUAUUGGUGUGUAAAUUUAUUGUUAAUAUGCUUAGUGCUGACAUUUUUGGCCUGGUACCCUUCAAAUGUGACUAUGAGUGAUAUUGAAAAUUUUUGUAUAAAGCUGCUAGAAAUGAAUUCUUGUAAUUUUACUUUAGAAAUGAAUCCUUUAGAUAUGAUGGUUUCUUUGAAAUGUGUUAGGAUCAACAAAUUUAUUUAUAGAUGAUAGAUGAUAGGUAUUGAAUGAACUCUAUAAAAAUAAUGAAUGAAUCCUGUAGUUGGUUAAUAAUGAAAUAAUGCGGAACUAUAAUACCCAUAUUGAUAUUAUAUAGUUUAUUAAGAAGAAUAGUUUAUUGAUAUACAUCGCAGUAUUUCAUUUAAAGUUGGUUGUCUCAACUUUGAAAGACAAACUUCAAAUUCCUAAGGAUUGUUUGAUUCAAUCAACAAUUACCGAAUUAUAGAACAAUGAAAACAAAACAUUGAAUGUAAUUUUUACUAGGUUUAUUCAAUUGAUUAGUUUACCUAACGAAUAUUUUGUUUUUAAGCUUUUUCUAAUAUUUGAACCCAGUAUACAGCUUGAUUGUUGAAUAUUUAUUUCACUUUUGUAUUUCCUAUUUAUUGUUUAGAUUGAUAUUAUUUGAAAUUUUUUAAUAAAAUUCAUUUUCUGAAGUGCAGUUGUUUCGUUAGUAUUGUAGUUAACAGACUUGAGUAUUAGCUAACCAGAGUUCAAUCUCUCUUCUAUCUAUUCUAGUAAAAAAAUUGUAAUAUAUUAUUCAUUACAUUAUUUGUUAAACUUCACUUUACGGGAAAUGAUUAUAUUCACAAAACGCAUUUUAGAAAUACUUCAUAGCUAGGUAAUAAUUAUUUGAUCAUAUUUUAUGGCUUCGAUUCAUAAUGUUGCGACUUGUGACUCCUGUCAACUAUUUUUCGUGACAUAAUGAUAAAAUCUUAUGUUUAUUAUUGUUUUUGAUAUAAUAAUCUCAGUGGGAAACUACUGGCUAGGGUCUCUCUGCCUCUUCAAAAGAUAAAAUAUUGAUAACAGUAGUCGUUUGAAAAUAUGGUUUAUUAAAUAUAUUAUAAGUAAUAAUUAAUCAACACUUGAUUAGUUAAUUUUUGACACUUUAGUGUUGGUCUGGCUUCUUAUACCUAAAUAUGGUCUGAUUCUUAAUACCUGUAAUGGUAUCUGAAAGUGAUAAUUUUAAUUUUUUAGAAUUUUCUGCAAGUAAAAUAAACUCAACACUCAGAUUGAACUGAAAAUAGAACAGUAAGUUAGUUGUAAAUAACGUUGAUUAUGAAAUGAAAUAAAAUAUGGAUUUAUGUUAAAUAUGAAAUGAAAUAUAAUAAUUUCCUUUAUUAGACAAAGUUAGGAUUUCGAGGUCCUAUGUAUCACUCAACCUUGAAUUAGACUGUAACAUGAUGUAAAGUAAAAAAAAUAUUUUUAAAUAGCUAUAAUUUAUUGGAAUUCUCAUUCGGUCUAUAGAAAACUGAUGAUAAAUUUACAAUAAAUGGCUAUCAUUCAUGACACUGUGUUUGUUAUGAAUAAUAGAGACAAAGUCACAGUUAAAAAUUAUAUUCCUGAAGAAUAUCUCUUCCAUCAUAAUAAUCUCCAGUCUUAUAUCUCUGUGAUUCAUUACAACUGAAUUUAUAUCUAUUAUAAUCGUAUAAUUUUAGAACAUAAUCUUUUUAGGUACGGUAUACAUGUCUUUCAGAAACCUGUAAACUGCUCUCCCUAUGAUAUUGAUAAAAUGUGUAAUGUGAAACGAUUCUUGCCCUGUUUUAGUUUACGUUAUCCAAGUACUAUUCUUAACAAAGAUUAAAAUUUACCUAUCAACUUACCUGAAGCAAUUGUCCUCUUUCCAAUGUACCACUUUUAAAGGGUUAUUUUUAAUUAUCAGGCGUUAAUAAGAAACUAUAUUGUUUAAUAUUUUUAAUUGCUUGAAAUUAAUUAUUUUUAAUCAUGUUGACAUGCUAUAAUUAUAAGUAAAUUAUAUACUUAUACAUAAUUGAUUUAUAAAUUGACAUGCUAGUAUGAAACUAUCCUAAUUUGAAUUAUUGUAUAUUUUUUCAUUCAUCAAACCUUUUAAGAUACUUUUUAAUCUAGGCUACUCAUUUAUUCAAAGCAAAGAAAUGAAUUAGACUAUAUCUACCAUUUAAAUUUUUUUAGUGAUUUUAACAUUUUAAAAUUUAUAUUAGGUAGCCUACGUUACUGUGAAUAAUUUGAAGCAGUUGACAUUUGCAUUACUUAUAAUGUUCAAUUCAUCCUAUUUAUUACUGCUCUUGUGAUUUCACAAGAUAUAAUCUUUAUCAAUUUAUUCUUAUCAAGUUUCACCCUGUUUAUUGAUUAUUAUUUAUUUCACUUCACUGUUAUGUUGGUUUUGUACACAGCGUGCUGUAUUUAUCGAUUUUUUAAAUUUCGAAUCUACAUUAUCAAUAGGAUAAAUGUAAUCUACUUUCACCUGAGGUGUAAGCUUUUCUAUGAUAUUUGACUAUAGUUUUACAAAAUUGAAGAAAUACAAGUACAUGCGUUCAAUUCACGACUUUCAAAUCUCUUUGAAUGCAGAAAAAAUUUAGUUGAAAUUAGCAUAAUAAAAUUGUAAAAAAUUGACACAUAAAAAAUUCACGCUUUAUGAGUGUAAAACAGUUGAAGCUCAAGAUGUUGAAUAAUAUUGCACCUAUACGUUCAUAUUUUCAUAUUGAAAGUGAUCUCUUUAUCACACAUUAGAACAAGUCAAUGAUGAUAGACCAGAUUCAGUUAAAAAGAGCUUAUUUAGUUGUUUCAACGUUAACUAAUUAAUAUUCCUUCAAUAGAAUGCCUCACAUUGAGGCUAAUCAAUUCAUUGUAUUUCAAUAAAUUGGACAAGGUGUUCUUAUUUUCUACAAAAGAAGCAUGCACCAGGCCUGUUAUAAAAUUAUAACUAACUUGUAUUCUUGAGGGUUGGAAAAUCCUUAUGGAUGUUUUUACCUUUUUAUUUAGUAUAAAUCUUAAGGGGAACUUAAUCUAUUAUUAUCAGGUAAGGAGCCUUAUUCUUUCUAGUGUGGAAUUAUUUCAUUUCAAUAAAAUAGCUCCAUAGUAUGGUACAUGCUUCUAUUGAAACCCACCUUCUAGGAAAAUGUUAUGUUGUCUAUAUUUUUGGUUUAGAAAAUUUAUAAAUUUAAGUGUUAUUAGUCUAGAAACAAUACGUUUUCUAUCGUACUCUGUAAAUACAUUAUGAACCAAUAUUUGAAUUUUGCUAAGGGAUCAAUUUAAAUAUACAUCACUUAGAUAGAUUCUAGAUUAAGCCGAUAUGAUAUUAGUAGAAAUAAAUCAUUUUGAAUCAUGAAGAAUUUACUCAUUUGCAAUCAUAAAAACAUCCUAGACUCAUCUCACUCUCCACUGUAUUCAAACCAUGCUAUUAUAAUUAAUACAAAAAAAUCAUUUCCAUUCCUGGAAUCAUCAAAAAACUGAUCAUUUUCAUUUCUGAAAUCUUCAAAACCUUAAUCACUGAAUCAUGAACUCAUUCAGAUAUCACCAAGUCUUUCAGAUACUCAAUAAAGUUUUUAUGACUUCAGUGGCUAUAUAUUUUUAUAAAUUCACAAAAGCUAUAAUGAUUAUGUUUUGUGCUGUCCUAGAUUCAAUGUCAAUGCAAUAAUAAUGCAAAUCUUAGAUAGUAGUAGGAUAAAAAUGAGGUACAAAUAUGAAGACAUCCUUCAAAGUGAUUAGUGAGUCAAAUUAUAUUUUUUGUGAAUCUACAAUUAUUAUCUACUUGUAUAAGCUCUUUUUUAUUUGUAUAGUCAACCUCUUGACUUAUUCAACAAAGAAUAAAUUAAUAAAUCAAUAUUUUGUUGCAAUAGACUUCAGCCUGGCAAAAUAGUUUUAAUAAAUAAAUUCUAUAGAGUGUCCCAGAAAGAACGCAACAUUUGAAUUCUAUGCCAUUGUUAGUUUGGUAGCACUGUUACUGCCUGUUUUGCCAUCUGCGGUUGGUUGACAUGGAAACGCAAUGUGAUUAUCAAAACGCAUUACAAAAGUAUGGCGAAUGUUAUGCCAUAUCGAAACGUUUGUGGAAUUUUCGGUCGACAGAUUUCACUAAAUCAGUUUAACAGUUAAGAUACUCAUUGAAAAGUUGGAGGAAACAGGUUUGUUUUGGGAUACUAAACGUCCAGGACCCCCACGUCUUGGCCGGUUUAUCGAGUACAUUGCUGAUGACUAACAAAGUAUUACCAAGAGUCCAGGGAGACAGAAAUUGUGUUAAAAAAGUGAAAAUGUGUCACUAAAAUCGUGGAGGGAAUUUUUGUCUGAUAUUGUUUGUGUUCCACAAUCAACAAUUUCCAUUGUAAUGGAAAAUAUUGUAAAAUUAUAAGUAAAUAAUAAUGAUGAUUUAAUUGAAAAUUCAAAGGUUGCGUUCUUUUUGGGACACCAUAAGUGAAAAUUAACUAUAUUCUGCCUUUGAAUAAUACAACAGUUAAAUACAAUAAAUAUUAGAAAUACUUACCGUUCUUUAUAGUAAUCAUAUUAGGCAUAUGUGUUGAGAAAUUUGAAUUUCAUUCGGGUAAAUUGAUGCCUUGUGAAUACCACUGCCAAUCGCAUGACUGCGACUCUAAUGUUAGAAUUUUUCAACCGUGAUUAAAUAUGGAAGAUUUUAUUAGAAAUUGUAGCUGAUAAACUGCUGAAAUAUUAUUUAUGUAUAAUAACUAUUUCAAAUAUCCAAUGAAAGCUAUAUAAAUAGAACUAAGAUCUUCUGCUACUGAAAAUAUCGCCUUCUGUUAUUUAGUUCUUCAGUCAAUAUUUGCUGUAGCAGAAGUCCUUAGUUCUAUAUGGCUUUCAUUGAAUAUUUAAAAUAAUUAUUAUUCGUGGUUAAAUGUUUGAAAUCGUCGCCGUCAUCCAAUUGCAGUGGUAUUGUGUAUACAGCUUAAAAAAAUUAAUACUAAAUUUGUAAACAAAAAUACAUACUUUGAAGUAAACUGGAAGCAAUUGGUGACCCUUUGUUUGCGAAAAAAGUGACUUGUGAUUAGAUUAUACUGAAACAUUAUUAUUGAAAAUUAUUAAUUUCUUUUAGAUGAAUUUAACUUGGAGUAGUUUAAAGAGUGUAGGACUAUAUUGUAAUUUUUCGAUUAUUAAAAUAAAGCAAUAAUACAUC